AGCUUGCCUAGGGAUAGGCCAGAGCGGAGCACGCCAUGGGGCAGAAGGUCACCGGUGGGAUAAAGACUGUGGACAUGAGGGACCCUGUGUACAGGCCGCUGAAACAGGAGCUCCAGGGCCUCGACUACAGCAAGCCCACGCGCCUGGACUUGCUCCUGGACAUGCCGCCGGUGUCCUACGAAGUCCAGCUGUUGCAUUCGUGGAACAAUGACGACCGCUCGCUGAAUGUCUUCGUCAAAGAGGACGACAAGCUCAUAUUUCACCGGCAUCCGGUGGCCCAGAGCACAGACGCCAUCCGGGGCAAAGUGGGGUACACGCGAGGCCUGCACGUGUGGCAGAUCACGUGGGCCAUGCGGCAGCGCGGCACCCACGCCGUGGUGGGGGUGGCGACGGCGGACGCCCCUCUGCAUUCCGUAGGGUACACCACGCUGGUGGGCAACAACCACGAGUCGUGGGGAUGGGACCUCGGCCGCAACCGGCUCUACCACGACGGCAAGAACCAGCCGAGUAAAACGUACCCUGCCUUCCUGGAGCCCGAUGAGACGUUCAUCGUGCCGGACUCCUUCCUGGUCGUCCUGGACAUGGACGAUGGGACGCUGAGCUUCAUUGUGGACGGGCAGUACAUGGGCGUCGCGUUUCGGGGGCUCAAAGGGAAAAAGCUGUAUCCGGUGGUGAGCGCCGUGUGGGGACACUGCGAGAUCCGGAUGCGCUACUUGAACGGGCUCGACCCUGAACCACUGCCUCUGAUGGACUUGUGUCGGCGAGCGGUGCGGCUUGCUCUGGGCAGGGAGAGACUAAAUGAGAUCCCUGCGUUGCCACUGCCAGCUUCCCUCAAGAGUUACCUGCUCUACCAAUGACCUUGGUGUUCAAGGACAGAGCUGGAACCAAGACGAGCAACCUGGAGCUGACCCACUGGGCAAUGGGUUUGCCACCCUCGUGUCGUCGCUGCUGUUGGAACUCCUUGGCCAAAGCACCUCUGUCAGGGCCAAAGCGAAUUCUCGGAUAAUACUUGUUUCACCCCUCAAACGAGCAUUUUGCUCUUUGGAAGGUGCUUUUACAGCACUCUUGCAAAAGGAACCUUUACAGAAGCUCGGUGCUUCCCUGCUUUCCAAAUAGGCUGUGCUGGAUCCUUGUAGAGCCUGGGAGUGAAAUAUUCGUCUGCGUCAGCCAAAGGGGAGGAAGCAGCUUAGGGGAAGGGAAGGUGGUAGGAUGGAGGUUUUCUUCAGACCAGGUGCUAAGAAUAGAAAGGCACAGGGUGGCUGGCAGAGUUGGGGAGAGUCUGGAAUACCAAGAAGAAUUAUCAGUGGGAUGUUAAAACCAAAAAUAAUGUCAACAAAAACCUGAAACACCAAAACCAAAAACCUUUCCACUGGGUCACUUAACCUGGCGAAGGUGGUUAUGUAGUUGAUGUCUGUCUGUCUGCUAGGACUUCUCACCAUGUCCUGAGGUUAUUUAAUAGCCAGUGAAUCUUGCUUUUUUUGUUUCUGCCACUGUCACUUUCCCAGUUCUCCUGCUGUUUGUCCUGCCUUGUCUUGGUGUGACUGAGUGGGUGUCUAAUGUCUUCACCUGUCCUCUUGUAGACUUGAAACUGCAGGUUUUAAUCUGGAGUUGGGGGCUUCUCCCUGAUGUGGGGACAGGGAAAGGACAAAUGUGUCCUGCAAUAUAAGCCACGGUGGUUGAGCUGAGACUUGUUGCACAGCUAUUGGUCCUGCCUUCUGAUGUCUGCUUUCUGUGUAGCCUGUUCUUGCCAGGGCUUUGGAAACACGAAGUGUGACUCGAAUGUCUCUGCCAGGGUAUUCUCUUCAUUAAGCUGCUUAAAGUCCUCCAAGCCAGGCUCUGUCCUGUCCCAUCAGCCUGUUCUUAGCUGCGCAGCGGGAAUAGGUCUCCCUGUGCCUUGCUCGGGGAUGGGAAGAGGUCUUGGAGGGAGGUGGCAGUGACAGCACAGAGUUGCCACCGGCAGCCUGCAAAUGCAGGAGCUGGUGGCUGCUGCAGAGGGCUGGAACUCGUGAGGCUUUUCCAGACCCUGGGGGGAAGCUCCGGGUCCAGGAAGAAGGAAGGGACAAGGGAGCCCCUCUGGAGCGGCGCUGAGGGAGCUGCAAUAAACAGGACAAGCGAUUCUGGCAAAACCGGCACAUCCCAAAUAAAGAUUCUUGCCUCGGUAGC